UUAACUUGCAACAAAAUGUUAGGUGCUUACGCGGCUUGCGCCUUUGCUAAUCACAUUUCAUUACCUCAAUCACGCGCUUUCCUCAAUUAACUACGCCUACCAAACACCAAAAUCUAGAAGCCCUCCCUUAUCUUCACAUUAACCGGUUCCGAUCAUACCUCCGAUAUCAAACCAGCAUGACGACAAAUCCCGAUAACCAGAAACCGGUUGAAGAACCUUCCGACGUCGAGGUGGCAGCGCCGGCGACUGAAACGAAGACGUUUUCGGCGAUCACUCAGAGAUGGAAAAGAGAAGACACGAUAAAGAAAGCAUCACCGAUCACGAGAGGACUAUCUCUCCUCUUCUCCCUCCUCGCCUUCCUAAUCAUGGUCUCCAACAAACACGGUCCCGGUAGAAACUUCGACGACUACGAAGAGUACAGAUACUUAGUAGCCAUCUCCAUCUUCUCAACGCUAUACACUGCGUGGCAGACGUUCGUGCAUUUCUCGAAAAGAGAGUUUUUUGAUCGCCGGACAUCAGUCUUGGUCGGUUUCUCCGGUGACCAGAUUGUGGCGUAUCUGCUCAUAUCAGCUGCUUCCUCUGCGAUUCCGUUGACUAAUAGAUUCAGAGAAGGUCAAGAUAAUAUUUUUACUGACUCUGCUGCUUCGGCUAUCGCUAUGGCUGUUUUGGCCUUUGUUUCUUUAGCUCUCUCUGCUCUCUUCUCUGGAUACAAACUCUCUACUCAUUCUUUUGUUUGAAUCUUUUGCUGCUUAAGCCUCUCUUUCUGCUUCAGUUGUUUGUUUUAUAUUACCGUGUUGGUCUUUGUGAUACGUGUAAAUGUCAAUUCUUUUUAUGUGUGAUACUUUGGAAGCUAAAAAAGUAUUUUAAGUAAUCGCAAUAAUCCGGUUCAUUGUGUUGGUACUAGUAUAGUAGUAGAUGCUAUCACACUCAAUAUGUGAACUUGUAAUCUUAUCGUUCAUGUUCAUCAGAAUAUAAGUUCAUGAAAGCAUGUGAGAAAUUGAUUGGUUUUAUUCCAUUUUUCUAGUUCUAUGGUACACAAGAAGACUAAAGAUAGUAUAAUAUUACAGGCGUGUGAAAGCUCUCGCAUGAGCUAAUGAAAAAAAAAAACAAAUGAAAUAAUUUUCUCUAUGGACUAUAGACUAUAUAGUCUUAUGUAUCUGCAGGAUCACUAGUAAGUAGUUAAAC